AUCCAGUCAUACUACCAAAAUAAAGAAAUUAAACCAAUAAAAAAUAAUUUAAGGGGGGGAAAUAACACACAUCCCUUCAGUCAGCCAGUGACAGUCAGUUAUCCACGCCAUCAAUUCCUUCUACCGGCUGCCGGAGAAUUCCAGCGCUGGAGCAGUCACUGGGGGUCCACAUACAUCCUUCUUUUCUUCUGUGAAAAAGAUAUGAAAUUGAAAGAAGAGUUGGAGCUGAAUUACUGUGAUUUUGCCUUGUAAUAGUUUAUUUUUUUUUUUUUAAUAAUGGAUUCUGAAUAUAAGCCCUGAAUUAUUAUCACAAUGCAAGCUUUAAGCAUAUGGCCUUUGAGAGGGGACUUGUUGGAAGUACCCCAACUUGAGUUUCAUCUUAGUUUUGCUCCUUUUGGGUGUAUAAGGAGUAGUAGUUUUGCAAGAAAAAAGUUGAAAAUAUUUGAUUCUAUAGUCCACUUGAGGAGGUCUAUUUCUCUGUCUGCUUGCUAUAGAAAAUCAGACUUUAAUUUGGGUAUUGAAUGUUUCUUCGAGUGUCCGAAUAUUGGAAUUUCGCUUUUGAGUGAUCGGGGAGGUUCUGUUCGGACGUGCUUUCCUGUGGGGUGGGCUUUAGAGGAGCAAGCAAUUGGGAAUAGUGUGAGUGAUGAGAAUUUGGAGGAAAUUGAUGGGGUCUCGGAGGGGACUCGAUUACAUUAUGAUAGUGGUGAGUUGGCUUCGAGUAAGAGUGUAAGUAGUGAUGAUGUUGAAAGAGGAAUUAGAGAUGAAGGAGCACAAAUGAAAAGACGAGUUGAUGUACGUGGGCUUGCACAAAGUUUACUUAAUGCUAGAUCAGUAGAGGAUGUGGAGGAAGUUAUGAAACAUGAGGAUGCUUUGCCUCCUCAAGUAUUUUCAUCCAUCAUAAGAGGCUUUGGCCGAGAAAAGAGACUAGAACCUGCAAUUGCUGUUGUUGAUUGGCUUAAGAAGAAGUCUGAAGAGAGUGAACAUGUUGAUGGUCCGAACCUUUUCAUAUAUAAUAGCUUGCUAGGUGCUGUCAAACAGUCUGGAGAACUAGAUAAAGUCGAUAUAGUGUUGAAUGAGAUGGAUGAAGCUGGUAUUGCUCAUAAUGUAGUGACGUAUAAUACUCUGAUGGGCAUAUAUUUGGAUGAAGAACGAGCAGUUGAGGCUCUUGAUCUCUUUGAAGAAAUUAAACGCAAUGGGUUAUCUCCAUCUCCUGCUUCUUAUUCUACGGCCUUAUUGGCUUAUCGGAGAAUGGAAGAUGGGAUUGGAGCAUUAAACUUCUUUUUAGAUUUAAAGGAGAAGUAUACAAAUGGAGAGCUCCAAAAAGAUGAUUAUGAAAAUUGGGAUAUUGAAUUUCUGAAGUUUAAGGACUUCACUAGUCGUAUUUGCUACCAAGUAAUGCGACGCUGGCUUGUUGAGGAUGGAAACUAUACCACCAAUGUAUUAAAAUUACUUAUAGAAAUGGACAAGGCUGCACUUCCACCGUCACAUGAAGAGUAUGAGCGGCUUGUUUGGGCCUGUACUCGUACAGAACAUUAUACUGUGGCCAAAGAGCUGUAUAAUAGAAUAAGGGAAAAUCGUUCAGAACUAAGUGUGUCAGUAUGCAAUCAUAUCAUCUGGUUGAUGGGAAAGGCUAAGAAAUGGUGGGCUGCUUUGGAAGUAUACGAGGAUUUAUUAGAUAAGGGGCCGAAACCAAACAAUCUGUCACAUGAGCUAAUUGUAUCGCACUUCAAUGUUUUGCUUAGUGCUGCUAGGAAAAGAGGUAUAUGGAGAUGGGGGCUAAGGUUGCUAGACAAGAUGGAAGCCAAAGGCUUGAAACCCAGAAGUAGGGAAUGGAAUGCUGUUCUUAUAGCUUGCUCUAAAGCUUCAGAAACUACUGUUGCUGUGGACAUAUUCAAGAGAAUGAUAGAGAAAGGUGAAAAGCCUACCAUUAUUUCGUAUGGAGCAUUGCUUAGUGCUCUGGAGAAAGGAAAAAUGUAUGACGAGGCUGUACGGGUAUGGGAGCAUAUGCGCAAAGUUGGUGUUGAACCCAACAUAUAUGCCUACACUAUUAUGGCAUCUGUUUAUGCUGGACUUGGUAAAUUCAGUCUUGUUGACUAUAUCAUCCAAGAAAUGGUUUCAACAGAAAACAACCCGACAGUUGUUACGUAUAAUGCAAUUAUUAGUGUAUGCGCAAGGAAUGAUAUGGGUGGUGCAGCUUACGAGUGGUUUCAACGCAUGAAAAGUAUGAGCAUUGACCCAAAUGAAAUCACUUAUGAUACGUUGAUCGAGGUUCUUGCAAAAGAUGGCAAGCCGAGGUUAGCAUAUGACUUAUAUAUGACGGCACUGAAAGAGGAUAUGAAGCCUUCUUCAAAGGCUUAUGAUGCCAUAAUACAGUCCUCUAAUACAUUUAGUGCUACUAUUAAUAUAAGUUCACUAGGACCUAGGCCACCAGAGAAGAAGCAAAAGGUGCUAGCCAGGAAGAAUUUGUCGGAGUCUUCUAACGCGGUUGAUACUCCUAACGAGAGUGAGUCAUUUGUCAAAAAGGAGGAUCUUGCAGAAGAAACAGCAAAAGACCUGUAAAGGUAGUGAACUUCAUCAAAUUGAGGUCUUUCUAUACAACAUACUAAAAGACUUCUCUUUCUCUGAUGUUUUGUUUGACACGUGAUAAUUUGUGCAAAUUUUUUGCAAAGAAGGAAAAGUGUAUAUGUUGAGGAAACUUCUGAUGUGAUUCUUUUGAAAUCUCCCUAAUCUAUCUUACCAGAUAUAUUACUUAUCACAGAAAAUAUUAGUGUGUCACACCAGUUUCUAAUGCUGUCGUUUAUUUACUCGUGAGUCUCUUGUACUCUCCAUCAACAUGUAAUACUUGCGUGGUUUUGUCGUAGUAUAAUAGUAUAUACUUGUACUUCCUGCUAA